AUGCUGAUGAGGACCCCUCGACCGUCCUCCGUUGAAAAAGACAAUGACUCUCGCGAGGAGAAGGUGGUAUCGGAGUCGUCUGAGGAGGGUCUCGAUUUUGGCGGGGAGUCACGCCUUCCCCCGCCCCCCGUUCUAACCUCGGAGCAAGAAGCGAAGUUGUGGCGGAAGAUAGAUCUUCGGUUAAUGCCAAUAUUGAGUUUGAUGUAUCUCUUUUCAUUCCUCGAUCGAGGGAACAUUGGCAAUGCGAAGCUGCAAGGCUUAACCACCCAGUUGAACUUAAUCGGCAACGAGUACAACAUUGCCCUGACCAUGUUCUUUAUUCCGUACUGCAUUUUUGAAUGCCCAUCGAACCUCGUCUUGAAGAGAUUACGCCCGUCAAGAUGGCUUCCUGGUAUUACAGUCGCAUGGGGUACUGUCAUGACUCUCAUGGGGAUUGUCAAGACAUAUCCGCAACUCGUCGGCGUACGUAUCUGUCUAGGAGUAGCAGAGGCGGGCUUAUUCCCUGGUGUCGUUUAUUACCUUACACUCUGGUAUCCAAGACACAUGCUGCAAUAUCGGAUCGGCAUAUUCUUUGGCGCGGCAUCUGUAUCUGGCGCUUUCUCUGGCCUUCUGGCCUUCGGCAUCAGUUUCAUGUCAGGAACGAAGGGUCUGUUGGGGUGGUCGUGGAUCUUCAUUUUGGAGGGGAUUGCAACGGUAGCCGUAGGGAUUUUGGCAUUUUUCGUGCUUGUUGAUUUCCCCGUCAGCGCCAAGUUCUUGACACCGGAGGAACGAGCGUUUGUGGUUUGGAGAAAGAGUAUGUCUUUCUCGGAUUCGUACUCUCUCAAGGUCCGCUCAUCAUCGACAGAAUAUGAUAGUUCUUCUGUCGGCGAGGAGGAGCGGUUUGCAGCUCGUCAUAUUUGGGCCGCCUUCAAAGAUUGGCAGGUGUGGCUCCACGUCUUUGUAUACUUAUCCGUUAUCACUCCACUCUUCGGCAUUACACUCUUCCUCCCGUCUAUCAUUAACUCCUUUGGACAUACUGCAGCCAUCAGCCAACUACUUACAGUGCCGCCUUACGUCUUUGCCACUAUUGUUCUCGGCUUCUUUGCAUACUAUUCUGAUAAGCUCCGGCUACGAUCUGUGUUUAUCCUUGCCGGUCUAUUAAUGUGUCUGGUCGGCUUCGCAAUAAACAUAUCCGACGCACCCAGCGGCGUGAAGUAUUUUGGGACGUUCCUGGUCGUCGGAGGAAGUUACGCUGCAUUCCCUGGAGUCGUUGCAUGGAACGGAAAUAACUUGGCUGGUCAAUACAAGAGGGGUGUCGGCAUGGCGCUUCAAAUCGGCGUUGGUAACCUUGGAGGCGCCGUUGCAUCGAACAUCUACAGAGCGCAGGAUAGUCCUCGAUAUCUCGUUGGCCAUGGUGUCGAGCUGCUCUUUGUUGGCAUUGGUCUCAUUUGUGUGCCGCUAAUUGUCGGAUUGUACACUGUAAUCAAUCGGAGAAGGGAUGCCGUGGAGAAAGAGGUGCUAGAAAAGGGAGAAACGAAGAAAAUUUCCCCACAGGAGCUGAGGGAACUCGGCGAUAGAGGUCCAGAAUUUAGAUACAUGCUGUGA